UCCCCUUUCUGUCUGCCAUCACCCUCCUCUACAAUCCAGUAAAGUGAUGCUCGGCGCCUCCUCCUCGUUUCUCUCCGCGUUUCUCAGCAGCAGUCGGACUCUCCAUCUCUCCAUCCGGAGCUGCACUGCUGUCGGAUAUUUCCUCCUCAGCUCUGCUUUUACACUCGACCAUUUCUCAGAUGCUGCUCAGCGAACCGAACCGCCGGAUUUCUCCCUCUUGAGUAUGAGAGGGACCGAUGACCCAUCCGCACAGCAGAACCAGAGCCAGCAGCAUGAGCCGCGCAGCCGGACCAGGAGCCUCAGCAGAACUUUAAAGCAGCGCGGAGCGUCAGAUUCCCGAUACACGGGAGCAGCAGUUUCAGGUCUCCACAGAAUGGAGCGAGAAUGAGCACAGUGCGGUCGAGAGUGAAGCAUGAACUGGAGGCUCAUUGAAGUCACUUACUUCCUGUUUAUAUGGAACCAUAUAACAGUUCAGUCUUCCCGCCAAGAGCCCUCGGCCAACGAGCAGCAUGUUACCAAGCAGUUUGACUGGCUCAUCUCUGACCGUGGCCCUUUCCACCACUCGAAGGGGUACCUUUCCUUCAUGGAAAGAUUUCGCCAAGGAUUCACGACCCGGUAUAAAAUUUAUAGGGAGUUUGCACGUUGGAAGGUGAGGAACACGGCCAUUGAGAGGCGGGAUCUGAUGCGGAAUCCUCUGCCCUUGAUGCCGGAGUUCCAGCGCAGCAUGCGGAUGCUCGGACGACGGCCGUCCACGCAACAGUUCAUCGACACCAUCAUCAAGAAAUAUGGGACGCACAUCUUGAUCUCAGCCACGCUGGGAGGUGAGGAAGCUCUCACCAUGUACAUGGCCAAGAACAAGCUGGACCGGAAGAUGGUCAAUGCCACCCAAGGAGUCGAGGCACUGCACCAGCUCGCCUCCUCAUACUUCAUCGACCGCGAUGGCACCAUGCGCAAACUCCACGAAAUACAGAUCUCCAGCAACGCCAUCAAGGUGACGGAAACGCGGACGGGUCCACUCGGCUGCAGCACGUAUGAUAAUCUGGACUCUGUCAGUUCUGUUCUUCUUCAGAGCCCUGAGAGCAAACUCCAUCUGCAAGGUUUGCAGGUCAUUUUCCCAGAGUACCUGCAGGAGAAGUUCGUCCAGUCAGCUCUCAGCUACAUCAUGUGUAACGGGGAGGGAGAAUACGUCUGCCAGAACAGUCAGUGCAUUUGUCAGUGUGCCGACGAGUUCCCACAAUGCAACUGUCCCACCACGGACCUCCAGAUCAUGGAGAAUACACUCAUCGGCAUGGCAGAGACUUGGGAAGCAUCUUACAACGACUUUGAGAACUCAGAUGAGUUUAAGUCGUUUCUGAAACGUCUGCCCGCGACACACUUCCUGCCAGUGAGCAGCGUGCACCUGCUGUGGGGCAGCGACUGGGACCUUCAGAACCGCUACCGACUCUUGCAGAGUUCACUGGAGGCCCAAAGACUGAAGAUCCAGCGCACGGCCAGGAAACUCUUCGGUCUGAGCAUUCGCUGCCACCACAACCCCAACCACCAGAUGCCCAGAGAGAGAUCGGUGCUACAGUGGCUGAACCGCGUGCAGUCGUUCCUCUACUGCAACGAGAACGGCUUCUGGGGAACCUUCCUGGAGAGCCAGCGCACGUGCGUGUGCCACACGGGGGCUACCCUUUGCCAGCGGCCCAUCCCUUGCGUGAUUGGCGGCAACAACAGCUGUGCCAUGUGCAGCCUGGCCAACAUCUCGCAAUGCGGCUCCUGCAACAAGGGCUACAAGCUAUACCGCGGACGCUGUGAGCCGCAGAACGUGGAUUCAGAGCGCAGCGAGCAGUUCAUCAGCUUCGAGACAGACCUGGACUUCCAGGACCUGGAGCUCAAGUACCUGCUGCAGAAGAUGGACUCACGGCUGCACAUCCACACGACCUUCAUCAGCAACGAGGUGCGCCUGGAGACCUUCUUCGACCCGCGGUGGCGCAAACGCAUGUCGCUGACGCUCAAGAGCAACAAGAACCGAAUGGACUACCUACACAUGAUCGUAGGCCUGUCCAUGAAGAUCUGCCAGAUGCGCAACAGCAGCGUGGACCCCAUGUUCUUCGUUUACGUCAACCCGUUCAGCGGAAGCCAUUCGGAGGGUUGGAGCAUGCCGUUCGGCGAGCACGGAUACCCGCGCUGGGAGAAGGUGCGACUGCAGAACUCGCAGUGCUUUAACUGGACCCUGCUGUUGGGAAACCGCUGGAAGACCUUCUUCGAGACAGUGCACAUCUACCUGCGAAGCCGCGCUAAGGUGCCCACCGUCCUGCGGAAUGACACGGGCCAGGGCCCAGUGGACUUGUCCGACCCCAACAAGCGGCAGAUCUACAUCAAGAUCUCUGACAUACAAGUGUUCGGCUACAGCCUGCGAUUCAACGCCGACCUGCUGAGGAGCGCCGUGCAGCAGGUCAAUCAGUCGUACACACAGGGGACCCAGUUCUACUCCUCGUCGUCCAUCAUGCUCCUGCUGCUGGACAUACGGGAGAGAAUUAACCGUCUGGCCCCUCCGGUGGCCCCUGGGAAGCCCCAGCUGGACCUGUUCUCCUGUAUGCUGAAACAUCGGCUCAAGCUCAACAACAGCGAGAUGAUUCGCGUGAAUCAUGCCUUGGACAUGUACAACACAGAAAUCUUGAAACAAUCAGACCACCUGACUACCAAACUUUGCUGAAAACACAGUUACAAAGAAGAAAACGUAUUGAGGACAAAGAAAAAAAAAAGAGAGAGAUAAUCCUUUUUAUUUUCUUUCUCCGUUUGAUUUGGAACCUUUUGGUUUGCUUUUUGAUGUAUUAUUAACAACUUUGUAAGUGUAAUUGUUAAACGGGAAACUAAAAAUAUAGAGAGAAAUCAUUUUAGUUCACUAAAGGAAAAAAAAAAAUACUGUAUCAUAUUUGUCGAAGCAUGUCUGUCAUUUCCUAAAAAAGAAGAAUACGAUAAAAGAUCACUAUUACUAUUAAAUUCAACAUCCAGUGACACAGAGGCCUUGAUUUUACUUUGAGGGAACAAAGGUACAUCUUAAACUGCCAUUCUUUACUGGUUAACACAUUUUUAGAGAUGUAAAGACAACUACGUAAGGGCAGAACCAAAAUACAGUAAUUAAUUUGAGGCACCACCAUGUUGUUAUCAUGCAUCUUUUAGAUGAGGUUUAUACAGUGUAAGGAUUCAUUGACUGUACUGUGUCUUGUCCUUUCAUACGACACCCUCCAAGAGAGCUUGGCAGUGAGUUCAGUACAGACGUCCACUGUUUCUUGCUGGAGGUCCAGUUUUCUUGAUUGCCGUUUAUUGCCGCCCGCCAGGUGAACUGAAUCCUGCGUGGGCUCCCUCUGUUGUAUUUUCAGAUUCGCGCUCUUGUUCUUCAGCGAGGUCGAGUCGCUUCGGUGCCUGAGUGCAGUAUCUAUGGUUGAACAUAAUCAAUUCAUGCUAUUUCGUACUGCUUCGCAUAAUGUACACGUUGUGAUUGCUGAUGUGUCAAGCUUUUUUGCAGCACCGUGAACUAAAUUUGAUCAUUUCUCUUUUCUUUAAGGGUCAGCAUAAAGCCAUACAUUUCUCAGAGGGAUGAAAAAAAAAAAAAAAAAGAAGCUGGGCACAUUUUGUGAGAAAUGUCCUAUAAAUUGCUUUUGUAUUUUUGUUUUUCAGUCUUUUUCUAAUGAAAUAUAGCACAGUGGUCUGAAAAAAAAAAGAAAAUUAUAUAUAUAUAUAUGUACUGCGGGAUUAUGGCAUGACAUUGUAAAGCCAUUGCAUUUUCAUUAACAAGAGUGAAUCCACAAGAACAGUAUAUUAAAGCUUCAAAUAUCUAUGAUGGUUUUAAUCUCAAAAUCUGCUUGUAUACCAAAUGUACACUUUACUUUUAUAAGAUUUCAUUUGGGUUUUAUAUUCCUUGAUGCAAUUCAGGUUUAACUUUUCGACAUGUCGACUGAUUAAUCUCUCUACUCUAAAAUCUUGGGAUGGGGGAAUUUUUAUUUUAUUUUAUUUUAUUUUAUUUUUUGUGCAAAAGAACCUUAGAGAACUAGAGUAAUUUCUAGCAUAGGGAGAAUGCCAUUAUUAUUAGCAUUAAUUAUUUUAUUGUCAUUAUUAUUAUUCAAUCUUAUUAAGUGCCUGUUAGCUAUCCCUUUAAUGCUUUUUUAUUUAUUUUUUAGUUUUUUUGGUUUAACAAGAAGAUACCAUCUAAAUCUAAACACAUGCCACUUGACUCAUGGGAAUAGGGCCAAAAGCUUUCUUGCUGUACUCUGCAUGAAUUGAAAAUAUCCUUUUGAGAGGAGACUUAACUUGGUUAAUGAAUUAGAGUUAAAUGUGUAUUAUAAGUGUAAAUACCUAUUUUGUCUUGAUAUAGCCAUGGAAUCAAAAGCUUUUCUUAGAUUACAGCAACUGAACCACAGUCCAUUAAACACAACGCAAACCCCCCUCGAGCACAAGUUCUGUAAAUAUCGCAGGUCCCCCACGAAAACAUUUGCCCUCAUCUGGAGAAACAUCACCAGCUGAAAUGGAUCUUGUCCAAGCUAAAUCUGUUAAUGAUCUACACGAGCACAUGCUUACAGCCUUCCAUACACUUCUGUUGAAACCAUGUAUGACACACUAUUCGAUAGAGCGUUCAGUGGGUUGAUAAACUGCUUUCAAGUACUUUAUGUAAUUUCUGCUGUUCUGUUGAAAUAACUAUAUCGGCUUUCUUCAAAAUGAAUGUUUCAAAUAAUAAUCUAUUUCUCAU